CGAAUGCCAUGGAUGUGGCGAAUGUGGCGGCUGCUACGGGUGGUGCAAGGUGUGGGAGGGGAGGAGAGGACGCGGAGGAGGAGGAGGAGGAAGAGGAGGGGGAUGAGGAGGAAGAGGAGGACGAGGUAGAGGAGGAUGAGGAAGACGAGGAGGAGGAGUACGAGGACAGCGACGAGGAGGAAGAGGAAGAUGAGGAUGAUGAGGAGGUGUGUGCGAUGCUGACAAGGACCGAGGUGGAGUCCAAUCUGGCCUAAGCCUGGCCGUGCUGCCGGCUUCUG